UCAAGAUCACCCAUGCGUAGCUGAUGCUGCUGUGGAAUGUCCUCACCAUGGGUGCCAAUACUCUUAUACUGGCCUACAUGGUAGUCCGCUGGGCCAUCUGGGGCCUCAUCCUCCUCGGGAUGGUCGUACAGACGGCCUUGAACUACGGCCUGAAAUAUGGCCUCUGGAUCCUGUUCAACAUGGCCUUCAAGAGCGCUCGUGCGUGGCUGGUGAUGCUGGGGACGGGCGUCGCGUUCCUCGUGUGGGAUCUCUCGACUGUGGCUGUCAAGACUUUUAUACUAGCCUACAGGGUUCUUGACCUUCCCAGGAGGCUUGUUGCCUUCGUCUGCACCACCCUAUCGAGGGCCCUCGUCCGCCUCGUGUCGGACCUCUCAGUCAACACGCAGGAGACGUCCCUCCUUAUCACGCGGGACCUGAUGACCAUCGCCUCCAGGAUUCGUUUGGUGUGCCGGUGCGCCCUCUGGGUGUGCCACUGCGCCCUCUGGGUUGCCAUGCGCCUCUGCGACGUCGUGGACGCAGCCGGCACUUAUGUUGUUGGGGUUCUAAUCAGACUCAUAGUUAAGAUUCUUUUCCGAAUUCUGUGGUUCUUCUUUAACCCGAUUUUUAUGCUGGCCUACCUCUACUAUGGGAAAAACUAUUUCAAUAGAAGUGGGUGAUUUAUGAAAUGCAUCUCCCAACGCUUAUACUGAGUCGGUGAUUCGACUUUUUUUGUGACGUUUGUCGAACCUUGAAUGAUUUUUAUUCAUAUUUCUUUCCUUUUAAUUAUUAUUCUCCCGUUUGCAUAUCCUAAAGGAUCAAGCAUCCUUCCUUUCACUUCCGUCCAGGUUAGCCGAGAGCGUGACCCGCGCCGAGGGCCGUCGCAGAUGGCGCUGUGACCUAACAGUUAGCCGAGGACGCCCCUCGUCUCGGCUCACGCUGCAGAUGGCGCCGAUCCUGUGGCCGACGGCGCUUGCAGCGACAACCGCGAUUAGCCGAGGGGAGCUCCUGCCGCGUGCGGGGCUCCCGCAGAUGGCGUCGCGCCUCUGAGCAAGGCAAGCGAGGCAACGGGACUGAGACGCCGGAAGCUGAUCCUGUCAGCAGAAGGUCCGGGAAGUCGGAGCGAAAGGAAUCGGAUAUGACGCGGGAGGGACAGGUUCGACGGCAGUCCGCGAUCGUCGGUCGUCGCCGCGGAAAGGCGUUGGGAAUAUUACGGUAAAGCAAAGAAAAACAAAAAAAAAGAAAAAAAGAAAAAGAAAAAACAACACACACACAUAUUACGUUCAUGCGACGAGGAGAUGAGGAGAAAAAAUCAGAUUGUCCUCCGUUACUGGGUGUGACGCGUGGCUGUCAUAAUACAGGUGUCUUGCGCGCUAACACGUUGAAAGAGAAAGAGAGAGAGAGAGAGAGAAAAGAGAGAAAAGAAAGAAAGAGAAAGAGAUUAUUCAGAUACAGAAGAGGGAAAACCAAGGCCACUUCCCUGCGCGCCGACCCGAGAGCGCCGACGGAGGAGGUCAAAAG